UUGGACGCUCCUCAGUAGCGCUUUAUCUGUGUGUUAACUUCCUGCUGCUGCUGUCACAUGACCCGCGUGUUGCAGGAAGAAGCAGGUUGGGUUGAGACAGCAGCCGACAUGAAAACUUCCACAAACUGAGGACUGCUGGAGUUUGGGACAGCAGAGAAACUGGACUGAGAUGCAGGGAACACAGACAUAAUGAAUGUGGAGCAGUUGCAGUAAAUAGGACACCACAGCGCAGCAGGACAGAUGAAGUGCUUGCUGAUAUCCAGUCAGAGCGCCGAGGUCCUCUUCCACUGGACCGACCCAGAGUUCUAUCAGAACGUACAGGCUCAGUACGGGGCGUCCCAAGAAGAUGGCCAUGGGCUUCCAGCCUUUGAGGACAGCAUCAGCACUCUGUUUGCUCCCAUCAUUAUCUCCUGCAUCACCAUGGUGGACAGGCUGGGGGACAGCUAUACCUCCUUCACCACAGAGAACAACCAUAUCUACGUCCUACACCAGUUUGAUGAGUGUCUCUACAUCGCUGUGAAUGGAGAUGGUGAGGAGGGAGAGGGGGAUCUGAGGAGGAAAAUCUACGUGAUGAAAAAGAUGAUUGAAGUCAUGUUUGGAAUGGUCACCCUCAGCAGUAACCUCCUCAGGAGAGAACUGCGUCCUCAGGACACGGAGCAGAGAGCCAGGCUGUGGGAACACCUCCAGAGUCUGCUGGAGACCUACAGCCACCUCCGAGAGAACGACCAGAGCUUCCUAGUGGAGGCAGUGGAGAGGCUGAUACACCCCACGCUGUGUGAGCAGUGCAUUGAGUUCCUGGAGCGCCGUUUGGUUCAGCAGCUCAACAGCAGUGUGGAGCGAGCGGGAGAGGAAGUGCUGCACGCCUUCAUCCUGGUUCACACUAAACUACUGGCCUUCUACUCUAGCCGCAAUGCGAGCACACUCUCCACCUCAGACCUCCUAACCCUCAUCAUCAUGUCACAGAAUAUGUAUCCUAGCAACACGGACGAGGAUGAUCCAAAUCCUGAGGACAUUGAGAGUACAUCUGGUUCUGGUCCUGAAAGCUUUUACACCCCAGAGCCCUCUCCUACAGACAUGGACUCGAGAAGUUCAGCAGACAUGCCAGUGAGAGAAAGCACUCCUUUGUUUGAGUUUGUGGACCCAGACGUCCAGAUGGCAGAGGACAGCUUGCACACUCUGGAAGUUCCUCCGCCCGACCCUUCAACCCCUCGCAGAGUUUUCUUAGAGGUCUCACUCAAAGAUGGGCUGUUUCCCAUGAUGCCUCACUCCAUGUACUGCCUGCCUCUGUGGCCCGGCAUCACACUUGUGCUGCUAACUAAGAUUCCCACCAGUGCAGUGGCCAUGUCAGUGUAUACGUUUCUGGAGGCCUUCGCCAAACUGGAGAAGCGUCUAAACGAAGGCCAGGAAGGACCAGCUGCUACCAGAGGACAGCCCACUAUACACGACAUCCGCAGCAAACUGGACAAAUUCAUCAAAGCCCUGGGGGCCAGUGAGAUACAAUCCGCACAGUUACAAAAUGUCUGGACAGAUUUCAAGAACCGAAUCGGCAGAGGGGGGCCAGGGUUCAACAGAGAGCUUAUCCGCAGUUGUAAGAAUAUGAAGACCCAGCUCUGUGGAGUAUACCGCCAGUGUUUCCUCAUUGAAUCUGGAACAGCUGACAGUCCUCGACGUCUCUCCCCCGGCCUGCAGGAGCGGGCCCAGACCAUGGUGCAAGACAAGCUGAUGGACUGGAAGGAUUUUUUGUUGGUAAAAAGCAAGAGGAAUAUAACCAUGGUGUCGUACCUGGAGGACUUCCCGGGCCUCAUACAUUUUAUCUGCGUGGACCGAUCCACGGGCCAAAUGAUCGCACCGUCGCUCAACAUCACUGAACGCAACGUGUCUGAGCUGGGGAAGGGGCCAUUGGCUCAGUUCAUCAAAAGCAAGGUGUGGAGUCUGGUCAGCACAACGCGGCGCUAUCUCCAGAAGGGUUACUCCACGGUCACAUUGCGCGAUGGAGACUUCUACUUCUGCUACUUCCUGUGGUUUGAAAAUGAAACUGGCUACAAGUUAGAGGCAGGGGACAUACCCGUCCUACCUGACGACUCGGCCCCCGUUGGGAUGCUUGCCUGGGACUACUACAGGAAGCUGCUGCGGUACUACAGCAAGAAUCACCAGGGUGAGGUGGUGAAGUGCUACGAGCUGCUGACGGUUCACCUGGGGGUCAUCCCCACUGAGGUCAUCCUCCAGCACUGCAGACAGCUGGCAAGCAAACUGUGGGAGCCAUCUCGCAAUCCUCUGCUGUAGACGCACCCACACACUCAGACUGAGUCACAGUAGCCAAGGUACUUGUUUGUUGUAUUGCCAAGAAGAGAAAACAACACUCUCUCACUGUCUUUAUAUACAUAUAUAUAUGAAAGUGAUGGAAAAAUGGAACAUAGGCACGAAUGAUAUAUAUUUAUUUACAUAUUGUUUAUUCGAAGCACUUUCAUUAUAAGCUCAAUCGGACACCAGUGUUGCACAGUGGUGAGUCUUGUUUGAAUAAUAAUGAUAAUAUCACUCCUAGACGUUUAUAAUAUAUUUUUUGAAUUUAUGACAUUCCCUAUUUAUAAGUCAUUCUGUAUGUUUGUUUUUUGUUUAGAGCUUUUUUAAACAUACAGUUGAUCCGUUUUUAUAAAUGCAGAUAUUUCCAUUGUCGCCUUUGCUAGUGCUAGUGUAAUACUGUAAUUACUGUAUGUCUCUAUGAGUAUAGAUGUGUUUUUGGAGACAAUAAACUUCAGUAAUAUCACA